GGUUUUAAAUGCUGCGCGUUAAGUCGGAAACUGGUCGCUUAGCAGCAUACGUCUUUGGAAGAAGCCUAGUGUAGCUACCAUACAGUCUCUGGUAGCUACAUUGGAGGAGCGGGCGACUUCCUAUGGGCUGCUGCACCAAGUAAAACUUCGACCCACGAACACAAUCAAAGAAGAUGCAGAAGAUGGCUUUCUCAGUGCUACUGUUUUUGUGCAUGGAUGUCUGUGCGGUGCAGGCAGUGCGUCUGGCCCAGCUCUUGCCAUUCCUCCUCCCCCAUCCUUUCCUCACUCUAUGGGGUGGUGGCCUGCUCCGUGCCUCUCUCCUUCUCCUCCUCACCUUCUCCCAAGGGUGCCCACAGUGGUUGAGAUGUCCGGAGGGGCUCCAGACCCUGGGAGUGCACUGCUUCCUCUCACCAGCUUACAUCACACUUCUAUGGGUCUAUGGGCAGUCCACACUGGAGCUGCUUUGGGGAUGGCACUCCUGGCUUGGGAUAGUGCAGGGGUACAUAGUCACAGCUGUGUCUCUGUUGCUCUGGCAACGAUACAUUCCAUCACUCUCUACUGAGACAACCAAGGAACCAGAGAAAAAGAAUGCUUCACUGCAGAGACUUCUGGGAUACAUGCGCCCAUACACCAUGCGGUUUGCCGCAGUCAUCUUCUUUGUGGUGGUCUCUUCCCUGGGUGAGAUGGCCAUUCCCCAUUACACGGGCAAGAUGACAGACUGGAUCAUGAAUGAGGAUGACCCUGAGGCCUUCACUCACGCCAUCACAGUCAUGUCCCUGAUCACCAUCAUGAGUGCGGUCUGCGAGUUUAUCUGUGACCUCAUUUACAACAUCACCAUGAGUUGCAUCCACACCUUCAUCCAGGGCUUGGUUUUCCAGUCUGUCCUGAAGCAAGAGAUUGCUUUCUUUGACACAGUGCACACCGGUGACAUUGUAUCACGCAUUACCACGGACACCAACACCAUGAGUGAGUCUCUGAGUGAGAAGCUCAGUCUGCUGAUGUGGUACUUCAUGCGCGUCAUCUUCCUCUUCAUCUUCAUGCUCCGGCUCUCCUGGAAGCUGUCAAUCUUCACCGCCCUGGGGCUGCCCAUCAUCUGGGUCAUCCCUGAGUUGUCUGGCAAGUUCUACCAGUCAUUGUCAGCACGAGUUCAGGAGUCUCUUGCACGAGCUAACGAUGUUGCCAUGGAGACCUUCUCUUCCAUGAAGACCGUAAGGAGCUUCGCCAAUGAGGACGGCGAGACCCGGAGGUACCAGCAGCGGCUGGAGGAAACAUAUUCACUCAACAAACAGGAGGCUGCGGCCUACGCUGCUUCUACCUGGACCAACAGUCUAUCCAGUUUGGCCCUGAAGGUCAGCAUUCUGUACUAUGGUGGAAGGCUAGUUACAGGGGGUGCUGUCAGCAGUGGUGACCUGGUGUCUUUUGUGCUGUAUGAACUGCAGUUCACCUCCGCUGUAGAGGUUCUCAUGUCAUACUACCCCCAUGUGAAGAAGGCCAUUGGGGCCUCAGAGAAGAUCUUUGAGUAUGUGGACCGCAAGCCUCAGGUGCCCCCCGAUGGCUCUUUGGCUCCUGAGAAACUAGAGGGGCAUCUGCAAUUCAAGAACAUCACCUUCGCCUACCCAAAGAGACCCGAAACGGCUGUACUCAAGGGCUUCUCUCUGGAGCUGAAGCCCGGUGAGGUGACUGCCCUGGUGGGCCCCUCAGGUGGGGGCAAGAGCACCUGUGUGAGUCUGCUGGAAAGAUUCUACCAGCCUCAGGAGGGGGAGAUCCUGCUGGAUGGAAAACCGCUGCUCAGCUAUCAGAACCAGUACCUGCACAGAAAGAUUGCUGUAGUCAGCCAGGAGCCAGUGCUCUUUGCUCGCUCUGUCAUAGAAAACAUUAAAUAUGGCCGAGAGGAUGCCACCGAUGAGGAGAUUUUCAGGGCUGCUGAAAUGGCCAAUGCACAUAAGUUCAUUAAUGACCUGCCAAAUGGAUACAGCACAGACGCUGGAGAGAAGGGGGGUCAGGUCUCAGGUGGUCAGAAGCAGAGAAUCGCCAUUGCCCGAGCUCUGAUUGGACAGCCUAAGAUCCUGGUUCUUGAUGAUGCCACAAGCUCCCUGGACACUGAGAGCGAGCACCUGGUUCACCAGGCCCUGCUCAAGAGCUCAAGCCGGUGCGCGAUACUGUUGAUCGCUCACAGGCUGAGCACAGUGGAAAAAGCCAAUCACAUCAUCUUCCUCCAAGGAGGGGAGGUGCUAGAGGAGGGAAGCCAUGCUGAGUUGUUGAAGAAACGCGGGGCUUACGCACAGCUGGUGCAGAAGCAGAACACUGCGUUCCAGCGCAACACUGAGGAAGGGGCAGACAAGGAGCGUGCAAUAUGAUCUGGUGCUGUGACAUAAUUUGUGAGGUCCUGCUCCCGCCCUAUCUUUUUAUUAUUAUUUCUUUUGGCAGGGAGAGUCCCACUGAGACCAGGGUCUCAUUCACAGGGGGACCCUGCUUACAAAUGAAAUGGAACUCACAUUAAGAGAUACAGGUAUUGAAAUAAGGACGGAGACAUGGAGAAGGCUUAGAAGGUAAAAGUGAAGAAAAAUAAAACUAGGCAAGAGUGGACACCUGUGCUGACAUCACAUGAUGGCUGUAGAAAAUGAAGCCAACGAGGUGUAUGAUAGGAUGCACAAAUCUAAACGAGAGCCAGGCUGCAGAGGGCUGUCUGUCUAGGUGGUAUGCAAGAUGCUACACAUUUUGUGUUUCACUUGUCAGCACACUGCUGAUUAAUAAAUAGCUCACUGUUCAUUAUUUUUCUUUUCUAUCUCAUGGUUGUUGUUUUUUUUUAAUUUUUCACACAUGGCUCUGGCUAUCUAGUGCCUAUAGCUGGUUAGCACCGGUUAGCACAUUUGGCUGUCUCCACUUGCUCACAUGAUGUUAUCACAGGUGUUCAAUCUCUCCUGUAUUUGGCUCACUCUCUCGCUUAUGUCCCCAAACACAUUUCCAGUGUAAUAGAUGGUUGGACAGAAGGUAGUGUGCAGUGCUGUAAUGGUGAUUGAUUUGUGUCUUCAGAAUGUAGUGUACAUAUGUAUGAAAGCACACUGCACUAUAAACAAAUACAAGUGGGUUGAGUGUGUAAACAAACAUUUGUGUGGUUUGUAAAAAUAAAUAAAUAACUUUCUGUGCGGAAA